AAUUAUUGACCUGCGUGGAUCUCGUCAUCUUAUCAUCUUGUCUCAGAAACAACCGAGCAUCUCCAGUGCACUUGCUAGCUAGGCUCAGUUUGUUCACUUGUGGUUGGCUCACCCUUCUAACUAUAGUGGAUUCUAGUUGGUCGUGUUGUGGGUACUCUCUCUAGGCUCCAGAUAGGGUAGAGAAGAACCACUACAUGGAAAUGUGGCCCUUCACUCCUGGGAAUAAUACCAAUGAGAAUCUGGAAGAAGCCGCUUCCGAGAUCCACCACCACCAAGACGAGAUGGAGACGCCACCUGCCAUGGCCGAAAUAAUCGAGGCGUCAGCCGUGGUGCCAGAGCCGAAUAGUGAUAAUGAUGAUGGCGUUGUGACCAAUGGAAUUUCCAUUCAGGUGGGACGGCACAAGCUGACGUUGGAUUUUGACAGGGUGGGAGCCGCCUUGACGUCAUGGUGGAUCUUUUGUGUCAAUCUACUACAGAGGGCUUGGAUGAACAUCAAGUCCUUUUUCCAAUCUCUAAGGGCUUCGGUUGACUUGAACAAGAUCAAGUCCAAGCUAAACGAUUGGAUGGAACAGUUGCGAGAACUGGGAGUUCUGGCGAAUCAACACUUUUGGCAACUCCACGCGGCGUGGCUGCAGCACGAAUCUACCCUGUGGAUGCAAGAAAAGACGGGAUUACCGCCCGACACAAUCGUCACGACGCUGGGAUCUCUGGCUCUACUUCUACUCCUUUCCAUUCUGUUCGUAACAAGACGACGAUGGAUCAAAAGACGAGCCCGAGAUCGAUCACAGUCACUCACAUGGGGGAACUCUGACAGUAUCCGAGGCGCCAAAGACCGUGGAUUCAGCCUCGAUUUGGAUCUCUCUGCCGCACAAGCACCCGCGAAUAGUCGCACGCGUUGGUUGUUUGGUUGGGACUACUUUUGGAAAAAGAAAAAGAACACACAAGGGGAACCCAAUCACCCCCAGAUGGCGUUCCGACAACACUCCACAGGUUCACGAGAACAUCGAGAUCGAUCGGGAAGUUUCGAUCUAUUCGGCAAUACCGAUCCAUUCUUUGGUGGAGGUGGUGAAGACAACAAUCCAGCCAUGCAGCACGGAAUCGCCACGGGACAACGAGGUCCUGCCAUUCGCAAUCGCCAUAAUAGUCGCCCCAGAACCAUCCCACCGAUUGCCUAUCAUGGACCCAUUGACAAGAAACUCGUAUACAACACUUGGACACCUCCACCAUCUUGGACUGAAGCCUCCCGAUCACUCAUGCCACACGACACGCGCAUGAAAUUGCAGCGGGAAAUUGUCCUCGAUUUGUCCAAUGAUGAGUGUCUCAUGAAUAUUCGAGAACCCAGCUCCCGGGCCGCACCAUUGACACUCCCCGUCGCACAGUGCUCCAUACACGUCAAUACACCACUCAUUGGGGGAGUCUUGCAAAUAUACGUCAAGGAUUCCAGCAAGGAUGAAUGGAUGGAACACACAUUCGACACGGCCAACAGUGCCGCACAAUUCCAAACGGACAUGUUGGCCAUUCAACUCUUUGGACCGGCAUUGCAGCGAAUGUAUCAAGCAUUGGAGCUCAUACACCAGGGAAGCAUAGCAUGCGACGGACGUGAAUAUGUCUGUCAUGACGAUGAAGUGUCAGAUGAAGUGCCACAGGGGAUUGGGGUGGCAUGGGAUGAUGCCAUGAGGUCCUUGGGAAGCAGUAUUCCGUCCUUGCGAGUCGCAUUGGAGCGUCUGUGGUGGCAUCAUUAUUCCAUGAAUAGUCUGCGAUUGAGGGCUCAUAAUCGUGCACGCAAACAACAAAAAAAGGGCGAAAAAAACGCCAAGAAGAAUAACAACAACAACCCCUCGUCCAAUUCUUCUGUGGGCAGUGCUCCUGCCACAGAAGGCGAGGAAGAUGGUGGCGACACUGAAGCAGCCAACAAGGAGAAUACUUCCAAAGAAGACACUACGAGUACUCCCAGCAAAAUUCAGAAUGAGUACAUUUACCUAUCCAAAGACUACGUUCGGAAACGACUCCUGUUGGGGCCCGUGGACUUUUUUCGUCUCUUUGUCCCGCGUCUUCCGGAAACUGCCCUCCCUCGCAAUGAAUCCAACAAAAAGCGCAUGGAACAGCUCUUGCGCUGGAGAAAACGAACGGCCACGUCGUCGCUACUGGUUCAGGCCUAUGUCAAGGCCAGGAUUGUGGUUAAUAAGGGGUGGGUUUUGCAUAGGUCGCUGCCGACGCACUACCUCACCCGCCGCUUGGCGUACGACGACAAUAUCGACAAUAGUCAACGAGAUUCUACUGUCAAGAAUGAAAUAUACGAGGCCACCGUUUCUCGAGAUGUUUUGACCUUUGUAAGGCCCAACGAACCAGAUGCUUUCAAAACGACGGAACAUUGGUGGCAAUGGAGACCCAAGCGCAUUCGGACCGUUAUUUCAAAGUAUCAAGCAUUCAGCUUGGUGGGAGAGCAUAUGUUCAGGAUCCCACCGAACGAAGAUUUCCCACUGAAUCCACACACGGACCCCGUCGAGACAUUUGGAAGUCUCAGGGAUAUGAUUGAAGCCAAUCCCGACUUAGAGUUCUUUGUGUCUGCGAUUUUUCCCGAGUCAAUCAAAGCUGUAAAUGUCUUUGUGUUCGUGAGAUCACUGCCAAACGGCAUCGACCGUGCCUUCGACACAACUUUCUCGCGCUACAAAAAGGGAACUGAGGAAGAGCGAGACCGUAAGCUCUCCAUGAUGAUACAAUUGAAUACGUCAGAAAACAAGUCUUGGGCAGAGAUUGGGGCGAUCAAAUUCAUGACCUACUUGAUGAGGUCCGUAGCCAACGAUCUUGACGCGAGCACCCCAAACUCAGACAUGGGGCCAAGUGACCGCACUCCAUUCCCUGUGAUCCCCGUGGCUCGAGUUGGAAAACUUCGCCACUUUGGCGGAUCCUUGCAGCAGGAUCGUGAUAUGCCGAACAACUAUGUCUCGGCAACUUGUCACGUGGAUCACACGCAAUCGCGGUUCAAUGUGUUUGCGAGUGUGUUGUUGUCCAUGAUGGAACAGGGUAUCCUGAGGCGAAAUGUAUUUGAUUUGACAUAUGUGUUGGCCGCCGAGCGGCAGGAUGAACUUCCUGAGCGAGCCUUGGGGACUGUCAGACCAGUCCGCGUUUCCACUCUGGAUAUUGCACUCCCUUCUGCCUUUGUUUAUGGCGCGUCUCGCAGAAGGGAGCACAACCGGCGUUCUACAUGGAAUGCCAGCAAUUUUCAAAGCAUCAGGAAUUUUCAUAGCAUUACCAACACUGUCGGCAACCUUUCAUCAUCCACGAGAAGCGGGCUAAAACGGUUUGCCAGCUUUGAAUCAUCCGAUGACGAUCUUUCUCGGUCGCCGCGACAACGAGGAGACAGUCCACAAUCAGUGGGAUCUGAAAGCCAACGGCAUGUUGCCAAAGCAGAAGAAUUGCUGCAUUCUCACAAAACAGCCAGCGUGACGUCAGAAGAUCCUGUUGAGAAAGCUGUGAAUGAGUUGAUUGAUAUCUUGCACAAGGUCAGGGUCCCAGUUAGACGGGACCAGUUGAUCAUGUACAAAUUUGGGAGGAAUAUGCCUAUGUCUCUCUUGGAGGCAUACAGCAGCAGCGACGGCAGGCUACACGACAAGGAACUCAUGAGCAUGUCUCUACUCCUUCUCAUUUCCCGAGGUGACAUACGGAGGCACUACAUUGCCGCCUCCUGUAAUCUCAAGAAAGCAGCAAUUCGCAUUGUCGAGACAUCGGCUUGGCGAGGCCAAACCUUCCCCAUUGAUCGACGCAUGUGCCGGAUUGAGCUUCAAAGCGGCCAGUUUUUCCAGCAGGGCUGUGAUCUUCUCGGAAAUCCCGUGUUCUACUAUCGAAACAUGGGCCUUGGUCCUUGGCGUAAGGAUGCCGAUGCUUCGGUGGCUGCCGUCUUGCAUCGACUGGAGGAAGCUGUGCAAGAGUUUUCCGCGAUCAAGGAAGACUUCAAAUGCACACUUAUUGUCCUCAUGGGGAAACCGUUCCAGAAGUUUCUUGAGCAAAAGAUAGCCGAGCAUGACUCUGACUCCGAACAUGAAGAAGCACAAGAGGAUGAUUUUCUUGGUGUAUCAAUGAAAUCCCAUGCAGCGCCGGAUGGAAACGAUGGAUCCUCCGAAGACGUGGCAAGGGUUGCCAAUCCUCGUGUGAAUCCUGAAGAGACGUGGCAAGUCCAUACCAACAACAGACUCAUCAAACAACUAAUUGAGUUGGUGUCAGCGCAUUACCCGGAGCGGUUGCAGCGGGCCCUCGUGGUGGUGAAGCCUACUCAAGUAGUGUCGUUGCGCAAGAUUGUGGGGUCAUACACGCUCAAUGGGUUUGUGUCAUCCGCCGAGACGAGAUCCAAGGUCACAUUCCUCUCUACGUUUGCUGAAUUGAACAAGUAUGUGUCCCAGGAAGAGCUGGUAACAAUUGCAGGAGGUGACACACCCAUUGACCCCGAAGUCUUUGGAUUGUACAAAUAAUAGAAACGGGCCAAUAAUCUACCAGCUUGUCAGUCGAGGUGGCUAGCUAUUAAUAUCAAGUGAUACCAAUCACUGGUUUCGAUCUAUUAUUGAUUCCACCUGAGCCUCCGUCUUGGAUGAUAUUUUGGUACCAAUCAAUCAAAACAUUCUAGUUUCUUUUACUUCUUCAAGUUGCACCACAUAAAUAUGAAAACUAAUCAAUCACUGUCCUCUUCCUCUUCGCUGCUACUACUGCUGUCACUGAGGUUCAUACUGAUCUUUUGUUGCUGCUGUGGAUUACGUCUGGCAUGAGCUUCUCCCGCUGCCCGAGCAGCCCUACGAGCCGCAGCAGCUGCCGCAUGAUGCUGUUCCCCUCUUGCAUCUCCCUUUGGCUGCGCCGCAGCUUCCUUUUUGGUCUUUUCCUUUUCUUCUUCUUGUACCUUUUGUCGCUUUCGAUCUCGUUCGUCUUGUCGGGCCCGUUCCAAUUGAAGGGCCGCCAAGGCGCCUCCACGCAGUUGGUGAGGUAGAGGAUUGGGAGUGGAAAAUCCCACCACGGGUGCUGCUGGAUUCCAUGCCGCUGGUGCCGAUGUUCGACUGGCCAAGUUGCGCGCCACGGCGAGAACAUGGUUGACUUGUUCCAUGGUUUGUGGAAUCGGACGGACACGGGGUCGAUUGGGAUCAAUGUUGGUUGUGGCGUUUCCCAGCAACCAUGGUUCCACCUUUUCUAGAGUGGAUGUGAGUAGCUGCUCCACUUCGACAAGAGCUUGAGCCUUUUCUAGCAGUGCCAAGUCGUCGGCGGUGGUAUUGGACAUCAUCUUCUCUGUGGCUGUUGU